CAGAGGAACAUUAUUUGAAGGGGAAAAAAGGACGAUGUAAGUAAGGGAGAUAUGUUACAACGGUGUAAAUAAAAGCACGUGCUCUCGUGUCAAUGCGCUACCUACACUGCGAACGCGAAUUUAUCCAGACGCGAUUGCUUGGAUUCUGCUGUGCCACUCGGCUUGACAGAUUAAGUUGAAUUUGACCACGUCUCAUUCCAAUUGACUGCAAAAGAACCCCUCUUCCAGUUCAACCAGCGAGCUGUUGAUUGUUUCUACCACAAACAUGCCUCCAAAGAAAGCCGCGGCCUCCACAUCCACAUCGGUCUUCAUUGUCCUCCUGGGCACAUCGAUCGAUUCUGUCCAUGCCUCCCUCGAAUCUGCGAACGAGCGCGUUAGUGUAGCUAAAAAAGAAGGCAAUGGCAAGCCGAGGAUCGAAGUACAGAACUUGGUCGGAGGCAGCAUGACCGUCGAUGCAGUUGAGGACACGAAGCCUGCGAAAGCCAAAGCUAUCAAGAAGGAAGACAAAGAGGACAAGGAAGCGAAGAUUGUCGCGCCGAAGAAAACAAAAACACCAGCAGAGCAGCGCGCGGCGAACGCGACGAAGCCCAAAGGCGCCGUGGAUGAGUCGGAGCUGCCAGACAAUUACAAGACAUUGCUGGGAGGCAUGGGAACUGCACUGAAUGGACUCUCGAUCUGUGUCACUGGGGUUCCGCCAACACUGGGGAGGAAGAAUGCUGAAAAGCUGGUCGUAAAUUAUGGUGGGAAGGUUGCCAGCAGUUUGAGUAGCAAGACAAGUUAUGUUGUCGUGGGUAAUGAUGCGGGACCGACAAAGCUGGAGAAAAUCGAGACUCUAGGUCUUAUCACGUUAGAUGAGGACGGACUCGUCCAACUCAUUGAGGGCGGCGAUGGAGCCAAGCGGUCUGCAGAUGACGAGGAGGAUACAAAGCCCUCCAAGUCCAAGAAGCGAAAGACCUGAGUGGGUUCUGGUUCAUGGCGUUGAGAAGUUCAAUUGUCUCGGCCACUUCCGCCACUUUAACAUGCGCGUGUAUAUUUCCUUGUUUUUAACGUUUUCUGUACAUCAAAUCUGUAAGCGUGUAUGAUAUGGUGCUACAUGCGGAAGAGGUAACCUGAGGACAGUUGCUUCUAUAGCAUAUAAAUGCGGCUCGUUGGCAUUUCGUUG